CCAACACUUUGAUUGCCGUUCUCGUUACGCCAUAUGUAAAAGUCCAAGUCAUCUAGAGGAAACCGAUUGAUUCGAGAAUAGAACUCUAUCUCUUUCGAAGGCGAAAACCGGGUCGAAACCUUGAUACUAAUGAUGGAGGAGGUGGCGUUGUUUACGGCGAGCCCUGCGCCUGUAGAUCUCAAGCGCAAGCACGAGGAUUUGGAAAUCACGGCCCCUGAUCUUCCGGCCGCCGGUUUGGAUACGGAGCCGAUGUCCGAGUUAGAGGCUGUCAAGAAACCUGAGGAGGUUGUAGCGGCUGCCACUAAUGGAGGAUCUUUCGAUGAUUCUAAGGCUAAGCGUCUUCGUUCAGAGGACAAACCCGAUGUUGAUCAAGAAGAAAAGUUUGACACAAAUGUAGAUGGCGAAGCUGACAAGAUGGAAAAGCUGGAUGAGACCCUAAAUGAUGAAGCUGACAAGCCUGAUGCAGACAGUACAACAGCUCAAUCUGGGGAUUCUCAACAGAAGGUGGUUAAAGAUUUGGAGAAAGUGAAUGAUGGGCAUCCACCAUUGGAUGAUCAUCAACAAGAGGAAGUUCAACAACUUCCCGAGGAAAAUGCUGAAGUACAGGAGUAUGUUGAGUCUCACCAAGCAUCUAAAUUCUCCCCAGAAGAAAAUUUUCACAAAGAAGAGCUUACUUCUCAUGUAGAUCAGCUGCCUAUACAGGCGAACCAGAAUGCAUCAAGGAAAAUUGAGAUUCCCAAUAACAAGGUUGGCGUAGUUAUUGGCAAGGGAGGAGAAACAAUACGGUAUUUACAGAUAAAUUCUGGUGCUAAGAUUCAUAUCACAAAGGACUUCGUUGCUGAUCCAAAUUCUCCGACGCGUCCUGUUGAAAUUAUAGGGACACUUGAAAGUAUAAUCAAGGCCGAAAAAUUGAUAAAGGAUGUUAUAGCUGAGUCUGAUGCUGGGGGCUCUCCUGCCCUGGUAGCUAGGGGCUUCAACACUGCGCAAACAGCGACUGGAGAACAAUUUGAGAUUCAAGUUCCAAAUGUGAAGGCUGGGUUGAUUAUUGGUAAAGGCGGGGAGACAAUAAGAAAUCUGCAAAUAAGAUCAGGUGCUCGCGUUCAGUUGAUACAAGAAAGCUCUGAUGGAGAACAAUCCAAGGAAAAGACUGUGCGAGUGACUGGUAAUAAGAGACAAAUUGAGAUUGCUAGAGAAAUGAUUGAAGAAUUGAUGGCCCAGCCUGCAAGGACAUCUUCUCAAUCUAGUAGUGGAUAUGGAUCGCAAGGCUUUCGGCCCCGUGCACCUUCAGGACCAUCACAAUGGGGAACAAGAGGUCCUCCUCCUAUGCAACCUUCUUCCGGCCAUGAUUAUCCUCGUGCCCCAUACCAAUCCCAGAAUCAGUACCCACCUUCUCAAUAUGGCGGUUACCCAGCACAACAAGCUGCCCCUCCAAGAAAUAGCUUUGGUCCAUCUCCCCAUGGUGGUAGUGGUCCUCUUCCGGUCCAGGGCUAUGGACAAGGCGGGGGAUAUAAUAAUGAAGAAGCAAGAUAUGGUGGUCAAAAUAAUAAUUCUUACCCUCAUCAAGGUGGCAGUUACUCGGACUAUCCACAGGAUCCUUAUGGUAAGCCUCCACCAUCUUAUGGCAUGCAGGGCCAGGGACCUCCCUCACAGUCCUAUGGUCAAGGAGGCAUGCCCUACCAAGUUGGUCCUGCGACUGCCCAGUAUUCUCAGCCGUCUUACUAUUACCCCCCAUAUGCAUCAUCUGGUGGAGGCUAUAGCCAGCAGCAGGCACCACCACAGAAUGCAGGUGGGUAUCAUCAUCCUCAGCAAGGCAAUAGCCAGCAGGCACCACCACCACCACAUAAUGCAGGUGGGUAUCAUCAUACUCAGCAAGGCAAUGGGCAGCCGCCUGUCUCUGGUUAUGUUCAACCUGGAUUAGGGUAUGCAAGUUACGGUUCAUACCCUCCUUCCUCUCAUCCAUCAUCAGGUUAUGCCGAACCAUCUGUCCAGAGCUCUGCAGCAGCACCAGCAGCAUAUGGCUAUCAAGCUACAGCCGAGCAAUCAGCAGGCUAUAGUGCUGGGUCUUAUGUUGCACCACAACCUGGUAAUUAUGUUCAGACGACAGCUCAGCAGCAGCAGCAGCCAGGUCGUUGAUAUUUGAACUGCUGGACCAUGUUGCCUAUGCUCAGGCUUGAUUCAGCUUAGCAGAACUCGGUUUGUAGUCCUUUCACCUUUUCAAGUUGUUCUCUUGUGAAUUUUAGGCUUGUCUCGUCCUACCAUGAUCUUACAAGUUUAAGGAAGAUAACUUAAAAAAAAAAAAUAGGGAAUGCAGAGGUGGAAUGUUUUAUUUCAUAGAAUUAAUUAUAUUUUUCCUACUAAAAAUGAUUUGCAUUGCAUAUUGAUUGAUAUUUUUGCAACAAUAGGUCAUCUGUAAGAUUUAUUCACACUCUGUUUGAU